AAAGAAUUUUAUUUUUCUUUUAUGCUGCAACAACUAAAUAAAGAAGUAUUAUGUGAAAUGAUGAAUAGGUUUUAUUGAAAAGAAGAGAGGCAUUAGAAUAAGUGAUAAAAAGAAGAUUUAUUUAUUAACCUGCUUUUUCACUUUAUGGAGGAGUGGCAGGAUUAUAUGAUUAUGGACCUGUUGGAUGUGCAAUAAAAACAAAUAUAGAAUAAUAUUGGAGAGAACACUUUAUAAUAGAAGAAGACUUAUUUGAGAUAGCAGCAACAAUUUUAACUCCAGAGCCAGUAUUAAAAGCAUCUGGACACGUGGAUAGAUUCACAGAUUUAUUAGUUUGUGAUAUUAAGACAGGAACAGGAUACAGAGCUGAUAAAAUAGUUACAGAGGUAAUAAUAUAAGUAUAAGUGUAAUAGACAUUAGAAUAGAGAAUAGCAAAAGAAGGAGAUAAAUUAGGAGCUGAUGUUAAAGCUAAAUAUUUAGCAGUUAUAAAAGAUGUUGAUACAUUUAAAUAGGAUAAGAUGAAAGAGAUUAUCGCUGAAUUAUAAAUAAAGGCUCCUGAAACUGGAAAUGAAGUAAUAAAAUAGAUAAUACAUAAUUAGUUAACUGAUCCAUCUCCAUUUAAUUUAAUGUUACCAACAAUAGUAGGACCAUCAACAAAAUUACCUGCUUUUUUGAGACCAGAAACAGCUUAAGGAAUGUUUCUUAAUUUUGCUAGACUUUUAGAGUAGAAUGGAGGAAGAGUACCAUUUGGAGCAGCUUAAAUAGGAUUGGGAUUUAGAAAUGAAAUCGCUCCAAGAGGAGGAUUAUUAAGAUGUCGAGAAUUUUAAAUGGCUGAAAUUGAAUAUUUUGUAGAUCCAACAGAGAAAGCUACCUUUAAGAAAUUUAAUAAAUAUAUCAAUUUAGAAAUACCUUUAUUAUCUAGACAACUUUAAGCUGAUGCUUUAUAACAUUAACCUUUUAAAAUGGGAGAUGCUGUAAAAGCAGGAAUAAUUAAUAAUGAAACACUUGCUUAUUUUAUAUGCAGAACAUAUCUUUAUUUAGUUGAAAUAGGAAUUAAUCCAGUUAAUAUUAGAUUUAGAUAACAUUAAGCAGAUGAAAUGGCUCAUUAUUCAUCUGAUUGUUGGGAUGCAGAAAUUGAAAUGUCUAGUGGAUGGGUUGAAUGUGUUGGAUUAGCUGACAGAUCUGCAUAUGAUCUUAAUGCCCAUUCUAAUGCAACUGGAUAAAAAUUAUAAGCUGCUCGUAAAUUUAAAGUUCCUUAACCAAGAUAAGUUUUAUCAAUCAUAUUAGAUAAAUAAAAAAUUGGAAAAGAAUUGAAAAAAGAUGGAAUGGCUUUAAUUAAAUAUGUUGAAGCAUUACCUGAUGAUGAAAAAUUAGAAUUAUCAGAAUAUUUCUAAACUCAUGAUGAAAAGGUAUUCAAUAUUGAUGGAAAAGAUUUAACUUUAAAUAAAUAACUUGUUAAAUUUGAAUAAAAAACUAUGAAUGUAAUGGAAGAAAAGUUUAUUCCACAUGUUAUUGAACCAGCAUUUGGAAUAGGAAGAAUUUUAUAAGCUAUUAUUGAACAUUCUUUCAACUAAAGAGAUGAUCCUUAAAAAACCUUUUUUAAAUUCUCUCCAAGAGUUGCACCUGUUAAAUGCUCAAUCUUAUCUGUUGUCUAAAAUGAAGAAUUUGAUCUUGUUAUUUAAGAAUUAAGUAUUAUUAUACUUAUUUUUUAGCUGCAUCUCUUAAGAAAUUGGGAAUAUCUUGUAAAACUGAUAAUGCUGGAGUUGCUUUAGGAAAAAAAUAUGCUAGAACUGAUGAGAUCGGAAUUCCAUUUGCUAUCACAGUAGAUAAAGAAACACUUACUGCUUAAUCUGUUACAUUAAGAGAAAUUGAAACUACUAAAUAAGUUAGAGUUCCUAUUGUUGAAGUACCUAGAAUUAUUCUUGAAUUAAGCAGCGGAUUAAUUCUUUGGACAGAUGUUUUAACAAAAUAUCCACUUUUUGCUGCUAAAGAAGAAGAUGCAUGAGUAUUAUUUAAUAACCAAUCA